AUGCCUCCAAGGAAGAAGUCUAAUUCUUCUUCCAAGAAGCCCAAUUCAAAUCAGCAAUCAGAGCCUUCCAAGUUUGGAAUUCAACACUUCUUCGACCGCCACUCUCAAAAUGCUGCGCAUUCUCAGAAGCUCACUCCACGAACUUCCGAUUCGAAAACUGAUGUUUCUGACUCUCUGGAUCGUGGAGAUGAUCCGAAUAUGGGACGGUUAGAUUAUAAGGACGCGGCUGCGGCGGCGAUGGUGACGACGACUGCUCAAAAGUCAGAGUUGCGGGUGCUUCCUGUGAGUGAUGCGGUUUUAGCUUCUGAAAACCCUAAAGUACCGCAGGGAAAUGAUGCUUGCUCUUCGUCUCUGGAUACGACGCCUGAGAUUUUGAUUGCUGCUGGUGGAAAUGCUGGCCAUGACCUUUCUAACGAGCUGUCUCCACAAUUUUCCAAGUCCGCGUCUUUGAAGCGCUGCAAGUUCUCUCCCGGGAUGCUGAUUAAGCAAAGUCAGGAUGAGGGGACUACAAAUGAUGAGAUCACAUGGAAGAUAUCUCCAGUAAACGAAAGGCUUCAGGCUGUUUCAAAGCAAUUGCCGGAAACUAUAAGAGUUUUGGCGAACUCCUCAAGGCUCAACUCUUUGAGAAUUCGACAGUGUUCACAAAACAAGACUUCCUCUGUGGAGCUUGGGAAUUUUGAGCAGUUGAGUUCACUAAACCCGAAACCUUCUGAAAGAUCAGUGGCUUCGUUACAUAAGACUGGAUUGAAAAGGUUACGUUCUAAACAUGAUACGGAACCUAAUGGAGUUGCGAUUGAUAGUUUGAGUGGCUCUAGAGUAGCUAACAGUCAGAGUCCAUUCCGGACGCCCCCAUCUUUGUCAUACUGCGAUAAGACUGCCAAUGAUGUUGUUGAACGUACUGAAUCACCCGAUCACCCUAUUUUAAGGCCACACAAAAAGGCAUUACUUGAGCUUUUAGAUCAAGUAGAAGAUGUCAUUGCUGUUGAUACUGUGGCUUCUUCCAUUGAUUUGGAGGAGGAUUCAUCUGAAUUACAAGGUAGAAAUGGUAUCACAUUGACACCUGGAGUUGAUUCAGCUGCAGCGGAAGUCCUUCAAAAGAUUCCAGACACUGUAAUGAAGGCAUCCCCUUGUGAUUUUCUUGUCUUGGAGGUAACAGAGAAAUGUGAGCUGGCUGAUACAUCUGAAGUUAAACGCUCGUAUAAGGUUCUUCGCUUGCUAAAUGAGCAAAGUGGAGAAGAGCGGGCCGUAUAUCUUUGGGAUGACUGGUUUGACAGUAUUAUUGCACCUGGAGAUACUGUGAAUGUUAUUGGUGAAUUUGAUGACCAAGGAAGAUGUCAUGUUGACCACGACAAAAAUUUUGUUAUUCUACACCCCGAUGUACUUGUCUCUGGAACUCGGGUUGCUGGUCAUCUGACCUGUCCAAGGAGGAGUGUUCUUGAUGAGAGGCUUAGAAGUAACGAACAGUCUAUUUCAGCAUUAAUUGGUACUUUGCUGCACCAGGUUUUUCAGGCUGGUCUUGUAGAAGAAACACCAACUGUUGCCUUCUUGGAAGAGGUUUCGAGAAUAGUGCUUCAGAAAAGUAUGGAAAGUGUAUAUGCAUGCGGAGCAAAUGAAAAGGAUAUAGGCAGAACCAUGAAUGAAGCAGUUCCAAAAAUUUUGCAUUGGAUCACCCUGUUCAAAUGCCCAAUGGGUUCUAAAGCACCUACUAUUGAGUUUAGAUCUGAUGAUGGUCCCAGGAAAGUUAGUAUAUCAGAGGUAAUUGAUAUUGAGGAGAUGGCAUGGGCUCCAAAAUAUGGUUUGAAGGGAAUGAUUGAUGCUUCUGUCAGGGUAAAAGUACUAUCAAAUUAUAAUACAUGUGUUGAGAACGUCGUGCCUUUAGAGUUUAAAACUGGAAAGGUGCCAGCUGGCCAGUCCUCCAUGGAACAUUGUGCCCAAGUGAUCUUAUACACACUACUUAUGUCCGAGAGGUAUCAAAAACAUGUUGGUUAUGGUCUCCUUUACUAUCUCCAGUCGGAUCAGACACAGGGUAUCCGGGUUCAAAGAUCUGACUUGGUGGGGCUAAUCAUGCGUCGCAAUGAGCUUGCAAAUAACAUCCUCAAGGCAUCAACUGCACAAUUACUCCCCCCUAUGUUACAGAUUCCAAAUGUGUGUAAAGGGUGCCGCCAUCUUGAUGUUUGUACCAUUUAUCAUAAGAUGCAAAAUGGAAGCAAAGAGAGUAGUGGUCUUGGAGCUUUAUUUGACUCCAAUACGGACCAUUUGAAAGCUUCUCAUGGUAUUUUCUUUCAACAUUGGGAAAGAUUGAUUGAUUUAGAGGCCAAGGAGACUGAGCUUGUAAAGAGGGGAGUUUGGCACACACGUAGUGGAGAGAAAAAUCAAACGUCUACCUGUCUUUCUUCUAUUGUUCUUAGUACAUUGGAUGGCCAACCACAUUGUACUUCUGAAAAGGACAACCGAAUCAGCUAUCGUUUUGUGUGUCAUGGUUCGUCGUCUCUGUGUUUGAAAGAUUCAAAUGUCGAUAGUUCAAACACUGAGUCAACAAAUGACAUGGACAGUUCACUUAGAGUUGGAGACUAUGUGAUACUUAGUACAGAUUCUGGGAAUUUGACCCUAGCGAGUGGGAUUAUAAAAGAUCUGAGCAGUCUCCAUAUAUCUGUUUCUUUCUCUAAGCGCCUACGUUUGCCUGGAAGCACUUCUUCUACUGAGGCACAUGAUCUUAUGAAGCAGGUAUGGCGGAUUGACAAGGAUGAAUUUAUGACUUCGUUUGCAAUCAUGAGGUUUAAUCUUGUACAACUGCUUCUGCAAGGUGAACAAAAUUCUCAUCUUAGAAAGUUGAUCGUAGAUCUUGCGGCUCCAAGAUUUGAUAGUGGAUGCAUAUUCAGCCAGGAUCCAGCAAUAUCUUACAUCUGGUCAGAGAAGAAUUUAAAUGAUGACCAACGUCGAGCCAUAAUUAAGAUACUUACAGCAAAGGAUUAUGCUCUGAUUCUGGGAAUGCCUGGAACAGGCAAGACAUCCACAAUGGUUCAUGCCGUGAAAGCACUGUUGAUGAGAGGUGUAUCCAUUUUGCUCACGUCUUACACAAACACUGCUGUUGAUAAUUUACUUAUCAAACUGAAAUCUCAGAACAUUGAUUUUAUACGGAUUGGAAGAAUUAAUGCAGUGCAUGAAGACAUCCGCAGCCAUUGCUUUUCGGAGUUGAACAUACAAAGUGUGGAAGACAUCAGAAUGAGAUUGGACCAAGUGAAAGUUGUUGCAGUCACUUGUUUGGGGAUAACUAGUCCCUUACUCGUCAAUAAAAAAUUUGAUAUAUGCAUAAUGGAUGAAGCUGGACAGACCACCCUUCCAGUUUCCCUUGGACCUUUGAUGUUUGCUUCAACAUUUGUCCUUGUUGGCGAUCAUUAUCAGCUACCUCCUCUUGUUCAGAGUACAGAGGCUCAAGAAAAUGGACUGGGGAUAAGCUUAUUUUGUAGGCUUUCAGAAGCACAUCCUCAAGCCAUUUCCGCCUUACAAAGCCAGUAUCGCAUGUGCCGCGACAUUAUGGAAUUAUCAAAUGCCUUGAUAUAUGGAGACAGAUUGCGUUGUGGUUCUGAAGAAACUGCAAACGCAAAGCUUGAAUUUUCAGGUUUAAAGUUGUCUUCAUCUUGGCUCAAGGAGGUUGUAAACCCAUGCAAACCAGUUAUCUUUGUUUGUACAGAUUUAUUACCUGCUUACGAGACAAGAGAUCACAAGAUUGUGAACAACCCAAUUGAAGCUAACAUAUUAGCAGAGGUGACGAAGGGAUUGCUUGAUGGUGGAAUUAACGGGAAUGACGUUGGCAUCAUUACUCCUUAUAACUCCCAGGCAAGCAUCAUUCGUCUAGCUAUUAACAUAGCCUCCGUGGAGAUACAUACCAUUGACAAAUACCAGGGAAGAGACAAGGACUGCAUAUUGGUGUCCUUUGUCAGGUCGAGUGAAAAUCCGAAGAGCUGUACUACCUCACUUCUUGGAGACUGGCAUAGAAUUAAUGUGGCCAUUACUCGUGCCAAGAAAAAACUAAUCAUGGUGGGAUCACGCAAAACACUGUCAAAAGUUCCACUGCUGAAGCUUCUAAUCAAGAAGGUCGAGGAGCAAUCAGGCAUCUUCAAUGUAACAAGGAAUGACAUACGUCAAAGCAGCAAGCUUCCCGGUUCCACAUAGAUCAAAUUGUUGUAAAGGUUGAAUCCAUCGUCAUAAAUCCUCAUAAUGGUUUGUCUCAGCGGACAUGGUUGUCAAAGAGGAGCUGGGGCUGGACUGUGUAUCAAAUGCCAUGUUUGAAGCACCGAGAAAGUCUUGUCUACUUGCCGAAAGAUAUGAAUGGAUCGCACAUGCUGAUGGCUUGCCCUUUCUUCAUUAUUAGAGACCAGUAGGUGGAAGUAUCUUUUACGUUUUAGUGAUGUGACUGUCAUGGUUGAGCCCAUGACGGGUAGGGAACCUCUAAAUAUGUUUUGUUUCGUGAUUUUAUAAGUAUAUAAAAAUGAGGUUAAUGUUAUAAAUUCUAAAUAAUAAUUAUUAUAAUAUUAGUAAUAAUAAAUAUACAAACGAAUGUGUGUAAUUCAUGAUUGGUUACAUGAUUUGUAAAAGUUAUUAUAUAUUAUAGAAGAUAUAUUUCACUAAUUCCAUAUAUUUAUGUAGUAUUUAUAAUCUACCAAUUUGUAAUUUAAGAUAAAUUAACACUUCAAUAAUUCAAAU